AUGAGUCGACACAAAUAUAAGCCGUCCGUUCGUGUUGGAAACUGGAACGAGGAACUAUGUUUAGAAGAGGAUAAAUUAAAGGACUUUUUGCUGAAAAAAGAGAAUGGAGAGUUAUUGAUCCAGAAGAUACAUUCUCUAAAAUCCAAUAUAUUGAGCAAGGUAAAUCUCAGUGUCUGUACGGAUGGUCUAGUGCAUUACGGUGAUACGGUGGUGUUAGUUAACAACCCAACGAACCGCGAAUGCAAACCCGUGUGCCUGGCUGCUAACAUAGAUGAAAGCAGCGCCAGUAACAACAGCGUACGGAGUCCGUGCAGAGUAUCGGGGGCCGUGUUCAAGGAGUCGUGCGCCAGAAACGCGUUGACCGUCGCCGCCGUCGGCGGAAAGUCGAACGUCGGCGAGCCACUGCGCUACGGAGAGCACUUCAUGCUGUGCACGACGCCAGCAUGCGGAGCAAACCUCAAGCUGUUCAGCGAGCCGGCCACGUUCACGAGAUGCGCCAAACACUCUCGCCACCAGAUGGUGACACUGGUCGAUGAGGAAUCUUCUUUCACGCGGUGGAAAGUGCUGUCGUUCGAUCCCAUGUGGAGACUGGAGACUGAGGGGAAGCCGGUGAAGGCCGGAGAAAAUGUAAUCAUCACGCAUGUUCAGACCAACCAAAACCUUGCUAUGGAAGAAAAUGGAAAACUCAUGACAAUGUUCGGACUCGAGUGCGAAAUCUCGUCGCAUAAUUACCUGGAUUGUCACAAAGCUGAGCUUUCUCAGAACCACUGGUUGUUUUUGACAGGUUGACUUCUAAUAAGUCUUUCUCGAAUACGUGUGACCGAUGUUAACUGUGGGUUUUAUCUAGUCCGUAUCAGUUCACUGGGAUAGAAUACAGAUGGCAUGUACCUACUCGGCAUUAAUUCUGGACAUAACAAAAAUAUGAGAAAGACAAGCUAGCAUUCAUUUGAUUAAACCUUGUGUGUGUUGAGGGUUUGUGAAAUUCACGCUAUGGAAUAUAUUUAAAGAUACGCACCUUACCGUAGUGUGAUUAUACACGU